UGCGGAGUUAAAGUCAAGAUUUUCGAUCCAAAUUCUCUCUCUCAGUUUGAUUUCUUCCUCUUUUCUGCCGGCGGAAGGCGCGUCGAGGGCUCCCCCUUCUUCCCGGCAUACUUGUUCUCAGAUCUCUCUCUCUCUCUAUCUUUCUCUGCCUGCUGAGGGGAAUUAGGGAUUCUGAGGGGGAAAUGGCGACCGUCUCUCCUCUGGCGAAGUACAAACUAGUUUUCUUGGGGGAUCAAUCCGUCGGGAAGACGAGCAUCAUCACCCGUUUCAUGUACGACAAGUUCGACAACACCUACCAGGCUACUAUUGGCAUUGAUUUUUUGUCGAAGACGAUGUAUCUUGAGGAUCGAACCGUCCGAUUGCAGCUCUGGGAUACAGCUGGACAAGAGAGAUUUAGGAGUCUCAUUCCAAGCUACAUCAGGGAUUCCUCUGUUGCCGUGAUUGUAUAUGAUGUUGCAAGUAGACAAUCCUUUCUGAACACUACAAAGUGGAUUGAGGAAGUACGAACUGAACGUGGCAGUGAUGUUAUCAUCGUUCUUGUUGGUAACAAGACAGAUCUCGUAGACAAGAGGCAAGUUUCUAUAGAGGAGGGAGAGGCCAAAGCCCGUGAACUUGGGGUCAUGUUCAUCGAAACAAGUGCUAAAGCUGGAUUCAACAUUAAGGCCCUUUUCCGGAAAAUCGCAGCUGCACUUCCAGGCAUGGAGACUCUCUCUUCAACAAAGCAAGAAGACAUGGUUGACGUAAACCUGAAGGCUACUUCUUCAAAUCCAUCACAAGCACAGCAGCAAGGAGGGGGCUGUUCUUGUUAAACCGCAGCAUCAUCCUUGGCCUCUUGUCAGGUCUUCCAUUUGGACCAACCCGUUACCGGGUUGUCACAUUUUGUUUGUUAAUGUGUGAGAAAGAAGCUCAAGGUUGGCAACUUUGAAGGCCGUUGACAUUGAUACUACAUGCUGGAUGAAGGCUGGUUGUAGAGUUGAGUUUCUUCUAUCCAUUAGUUUGCUUUGUAGUUAAAACCAGUCAUGAUAUUUGGAGAAUACUUGCAUCAAAACCUUAUUGAUUCCAAAUUUACUUGUA